AUGGCUCUAAUACAACAGGGCUGGGCUGAAUUGGAUAUGCCACAACCAAGAAAUUUUAACCUUAGUGAAGAAGAAACUAGGAUGGUCACCGGCCUUAACAACUUCGGGUUGAAAUUGUUAAAGAACAUGAUGAAAAAAUAUCCAAAUCAGAACAUUGUUAUUUCUCCAGCGAGUAUAUCAUGUCUGCUGGCAAUGACUCUCCUGGGUAGCGUGGGGAGGUCGUAUGACGAACUCGCCGAGGCGCUCGGAUUUUCCGAAGACAUCUUGUUGAACCGCAAAAACCACGAGAUGUUCGGUAGGCUGUUGUCGGGCGUGAACGCGAACGACUCUUGGAGCAGGACGAUGUUCGCCGACGGCGUGUUCGUGGACGAACGGUCGCAGCUGCGGCACGCGUAUCGAUCUUACUUGCAACGCGUGUACAACGGCGCAGUCGUGAACGUCGACUUCGCGGACGCUGUCAAGGUCAAACAGAUUAUCAAUGAAUGGGUCAACCAGAAGACUGAGGGGAGAAUAGAUGAAUUUCUGAAAGAAACUUUGCCAUCGAAUACCAAAACAGUAUUAUUAAGUGCAUUAUACUUCAGCGGGCAAUGGGAAAAACCCUUUUUACCUGAACAUACAAGACAGAUGCGAUUUUCGCGUGGUGAAAAUAAUGUCAUCGCCGAUCUCAUGUUGAAUUUAGGACAGUUCCAUUAUUUACUUUCGGCGAAAAAUGGCUUCCACAUGAUAGCAUUCCCAUAUAACGACAGCGCUACUACUAUGUAUGCGAUAAAACCACGGUUACCGGAAGCGUUAAGCCUGUCAGAACUAAUGGAGCAUCUGGAUUACGCCAAAAUAGACGGCUUCAUCGACCAAAUGACGCGACAGGACGUCGUUGUCAGAUUUCCAAAGAUGGAAUUAAACAGCGACAACAAUUUAGAAACACAUCUGAAGGAGCUUGGAGUUACAUCGAUUUUCAACCCGACCGAGGCAAACUUCGCCCUAAUGUUGGACACAAACACGAUAACAAACAAGACGGAGGACGAUUUGAUCAAAAGGAUCAACGAUGGGGAUGUGGAGGAAAGAAGUCCGAAAAGCAUUGUCAACAGCCUGAUAAACCCGGGCGUGUAUGUAGACACAGUAAUGCACGAAGUAAAAAUAAAAAUUGACGAGUAUGGGACCGAGGCAGUGGCAGCCACUAGCAGCAUAUUGGCGAGGUCGUCAGAACAGUUCUACGCAGACUCACCCUUCUUCAUAUUCAUCAGAAAUGAAAAGACCAAACUCAUCACAUUCAGUGCGGUUAUAUUUGAUCCAACCGUU